UGGUGGUACAAGGUGAAGGAAUUACAUUUGUGCAUGAAAAUGAAAAAGAAGACAGGUGAUCGUGCGCCCCUACUUGGAUUUAAGACUGGGGUGUCCCCUCCUUCCUCUCCUGUCCCCUAUGAGACCCAUGAGCUCCGUCCUAUCUCUUCUGAGUCUGACGUGAGAAUUGUUCUGGUGGGUAAAACUGGAGCAGGAAAGAGUGCAACUGGAAACACCAUCCUGGGCAGAAAGAGCUUCUUUGAAGAAGAAGCCUCACCUGUGUCAAUAACAAAGGAAUGCAAGUCAGGGUCUACAAACCAUGACAGCAGGAAAAUCUGUGUGGUUGACACACCCGGGUUAUUUGGUUCAUUCAAUCCAGAAGACAUGGAAAAACAAAUAAAAGACUGUGUCCACAUGUCACUUCCUGGACCUCACGCGUUCCUGCUAGUGAUCAAAAUUGGGAGAUUCACAGAGGAGGAGAAAAAAGCUGUGGAGUGGAUUCAGGAGAACUUUGGUGAAGAUGCCUCACUCUUCACCAUUGUUCUCUUCACUCAUGUUGAUCAGCUGAAGGGCAAACCUCUGGAAAAGUAUAUCAAAGAAAGCAGAGAUCUUCUGAAGCUUAUUGACCGUUGUGGUGGUAGAUAUCAUGGAUUCAGCAAUGACAGUAAAGAGAACCAAGAUCAGGUCCCACAGCUGCUGAAGAAGAUAGAUGCAAUGGUGGAGAGAAAUGGAGGAAGUCAUUAUACAAAUGAGAUGUUUCUAAAAGCCCAGGAAGAGGAGAGAAGGAAAAACAACGGAAAAUGGAAAGAAGCUCUAUUGGGAGCAGGAACAGCAGCAGGAGUAGGAGGAGUGGUGGCAGGAGGAGUGGCUUUGGGAGUCACAGGAGCUGUUGCACUGCCAGUAGUAGGAGUUGUAGCUGGAGGAACACUUAUAGUGGGAACAGCAGCAAAGUUUAUUUAUGAUAAGGUCAAAAAGUCAACAGAGUGAACAUUGAAGGUGGAAUCACUUAAGGAGGCAGAACAAUUAAGACGAAUACAAAAUCAUUCACUGAAUAUCCUUUUAUGGUCAAUUGCUUCUAUUUUUGCCAGGCUGUUACAAACUGUUUAUUCUGUCCAGUAGAAUAUAUAUGAUAAUGUAUGAUUACAGGUUUUUUUUUCUUAAUUUUGCCUGAAACAAAGCAAUAUUACCCACUGCUGGUGAUGUCUGGGGAGGCUUCCAACAUGUGACUACUUUUGAUUGAUGAGUCUGGGUCUUGUGUUUUAAGUUUCAUUCUUGUUGUCCAUCUCUUUCCCAGAUAAAACAAAGUAUGCAUUAAGUCGAAUUUAGUAGUGUGAU